UCAACUUUGACAGGAACCUCACCAUGACGCGGGUAUUGGUCUUCGUCCUCCUCCUGGCUCCUCAGCUGAUCAGCGGUCAGCUCAUCCUGCCCGUCGACUGCAAUGACAUUUAUAAUAGUGACAACAGCCGGCCCAGUGGAGUGUACACCAUCUACCCCAUUGGAGCCACGUCUGCUGUCCGGGUGUACUGUGACAUGAACACAGAGGGAGGACGGUGGACGGUGUUCCAGAGGAGGAUGGAUGGCUCCGUGAACUUCUACAGACCCUGGGACCACUACAAGAUGGGCUUUGGAAACGCUGCCGGAGAGUACUGGCUCGGUCUUGAGAAUAUCUUCCAUCUGACUCUGAGGAAGAAGUACGAGCUGCUGGUCGACAUGGAGGACUUCAGUGGAAACACAGCGUUUGCCCGUUACACGUCGUUCUCCAUCGACCCUGAGACGUACGGAUACAAACUGCAUGUGUCUGGAUUCACUGACGGAGGGGCAGGAGACUCUCUAGCUGUUCACAAUGAAAUGAAGUUUUCCACCUUCGACAAAGACCAGGACACCUAUGCCGACGUCAACUGUGCCAAAACAUACUUGGGGGCGUUCUGGUACGUAAACUGUCACGGUGCAAAUCCAAACGGGGUUUAUCGCUGGGGGGCCGAUGACACUCUCAGUGCUGUGGGAGUCGAGUGGUCUCAGUGGAAAGGCAACAACUACUCCCUGAAGAGCAUCAGCAUGAAGAUCCGUCCUGUGCAGUAGAUCACCAGGACCAACCAGCUGAUCGACAACAUAUGUUCACUCAUGUUCUUAAGAUAUAAAACAACAGCCUAUCUGAGAAUGUGGAAGUAGAUGCAUAAAGUGACCUGAAACAUGGUCCAAAGGUUUUUAAAUCCAGUUUUGUUGAGGUUUUAAAAUCAGAUGUGACUCAUUAUUUGCUGAUAAUAAAUUAACAGCUGAGA